UAGUCGACUAUAAAAAGACGGAAAGCAGUCAAGCGGCGCGUCAUCAAUAUGGCGGCGAAUCUCGAGGAGGCUGGAGGAGAAAAUUAAUGUUUACGCGAGUGCAAGGAAUACAUGCCGCGAGACAGGACACGAUAAGACGUCGAAAAGCGCCGCGCUAUCGACCACCGCCACGAAACGUCGUCGUCGUCGUCAUCAUUGUCUUCUCGUUGACUUCCUCGAUUAGAUCAGAAUACUGGAAUUUGACUAAUGCCGUUACCAACCGACAUGGGAGCGAAAUUGCUGCGCCAGAUGGUUCUUGCAGGUAUGGCGGAUCUAAAAGAGGAUCAGGAUAAGGCCAAGUGGAAAUAUGCUUUAGAGGUUAGAACACCAUCAGAAAUGGAGGAACCUGUGUUCAUGCAUUCUUCGUGCGUUCUACGGAAAAUCAGUCCGGAAUAGGUGGUUUAUAAAGAGGUGUACACAUUUAGUAUAUUGUCAG